CUGUUUUAAUUUAAAUCUUUUAUCUUUACACUAAACAUUACAGUUAAAUUCAGGCGAGAAAGGAGGCAAACCUAGCCAAUUAUAACGACAUCGUUUUCAGACUCUCUGAGUGGCGAAUAUCAUCACUGAACAGUUGGUGAAGAAGACCGCUCGAGCAGCACAAGGGUGACUCUGCUAGUAAAGGGAGAAAACAAAUAGAGAAAAAUCGAAGAACAAUGGCAAUAUCGGGAGAUCUAAGGGUCUCUGCAACAUUAACCUCUUAUCACAAACACCCCUUUCGAAGCUCUUUUCCUUCUUCUAAUUCAAAGGUAGAAUUUACUGGUUUCCCUGGUGGAGGAUCUGUCACUUCCCCAAAUGUACACAAAUGGCCUAGCAUCAUGGUUGAUAGAUGUAAAAUGCAUGAUCACUCUAGACGAUUUUCUGGGAUUACUGGAGAUUAUCAGCUGUCUUCAACUUCAAUUGGCGAAGAAGCUGAAAGCUUUCUCCUAAAUGCCAUCAACAUGAGUUUCUUUGAGCGUUUGAAUUUGGCAUGGAAGAUAAUAUUCCCAUCACCAGCACGAAGAAAGAGCUCAAAUGCAAGGGUUGCCAAACAGCGGUUGAAGAUGAUUCUUUUCUCUGACAGAUGUGCAGUUAGUGAUGAGGCAAAACGGAAGAUUGUAAGCAACAUUGUGCAUGCUCUAUCAGAAUUUGUGGUGAUAGAAUCACAGGAUAAAGUCCAGCUGAGCGUCACAGCCGAUUCUGAUCUUGGAACUGUGUACUCUGUCACAGUGCCUGUACGACGGGUAAGGCCAGAAUAUCAGGAUGCAGAAGAGAUUGGAUCGAUAACUAACAUUGAGUACAAAGAUACUGGAGAAAGUUCUGGUUCUGUGGAUGUCCGAUUUGAUUUCUUCAUCCCAGAUGAAAGAAGUCGGUGAUUUCACAAGGCUGAAAGUAAAAUAAAGAAAGUGUCUUCCAGGGUCAAAAUGUGUUAUCUUUUCCAUGUUUGGAUCUUUAGCUAAGGAGAUAAGCUUAUGCCUCUGUAUAUAUAUGAAUUCCUGUUUGGAAUUUGAAAAUUUUCCUGUCUUUGAAUUUGUGUUAAAUGGAAUGGUUAACACUAAAGCGAGUCGACUUACCGCUUUUUCUA